AUGACGAAGGUGGACCUGCUGAACACUCUGGACGAUUUGAAAAAUGAGGAAUUCAAGCACUUCAAGUGGUGUCUGCAGGAGCCUGAUAUUCUGGAAGAGCACCAAGCCAUCAAAGCAUCCCGGCUGGAGAAUGCAGAGAGACGACACACCGUGGAUCUGAUGGUGCAGACCUACCAACUUCCUGGAGCUGUGGAGGUCACCAAGAAGCUUUUAAAGACGAUCAACAGGAAUGAUCUGCUGCAGAGUUUACCAGACAUCAUCUCAGGACCAGAAGGUGUGAUUCCAGUACCAGAACCACGACACAUCUCAUAUUACCAAGACGGUCUUCAGUCAAACCUCAAUGACCGCUUUAUGUGUGCACCACAGGGGUGGACUGCAGAUAAGCAACAUAUGGUUGAUAGCUACACAGAGCUGUACAUCACAGCAGGUGGUGAUGUACACAUCAACCCACAGCAUGAGAUCAUGCAGAUUGAGGCAGCAGGGAAGCCAGCAGACACAGAGAAACCAAUUCAACCCAGUGACAUGUUCAAAGACCCUUCUGGAGAAUAUAAACCCAUCAGAACAGUUCUGACCAAUGGAAUCGCAGGAAUUGGAAAAACGUUCCUUGUACAUAAGUUUGUGUUGGACUGGGCUGAAGGACGAGCCAAUCAAGAUGUGCAUCUCAUUUUCCCCUUCACCUUCCGUCAGCUGAAUCCACUAAAGGAGGAAAAGUUUAGUUUGGCAGAGCUCAUUCAUGAAUGCAUCCCAGAAACUAAAGACAUCAAGGAGGAGGCUCUAAAUCACAUCUUUACAACUCUGCAGUCAUCAGGAAACACCAACUUUGACAAGAGUCCAUUCAGACUUCUGUUUGUUUUGGAAGGACUGGAUGAGAGCCGCCUUCAACUGGACUUUAAUGGAAAAGGUAUUCGCUCCAUUGAUGUAACAAAGUCAACUAGAGUAGAAGUACUGCUGAGAAACCUCAUCAAUGGGAAACUACUACGCUCAGCUCGCAUCUGGAUAACCACACGACCUGCAGCAGCCAAUCAGAUCCCUCGAGACUUUGUUGACAACAUGACAGAGGUCAGAGGAUUCACUGACCGACAGAAGAAGGAGUACUUCAGGAAGAGAUUCAGAGAUGAGAAGCAGGCCAGAACCAUCAUCUCCCACAUCAAGACAUCACAAAGCCUCCACAUCAUGUGCCACAUGCCAGUCUUCUGCUGGAUCACUGCUACAGUUCUGGAGGAUGUGUUGAGCAGAGAGAGAGGAGAGCUGCCCAAGACCCUGACUGAGAUGUACACAGAAUUCCUGGUGUUUCAGAUUGAUCGGACAAAAGAUAGAUAUGGACCAGAAAAGUGCAUUCAGUACGUUAAAUCAUUGGCAGAACUGGCUUUCCACCAGUUGGAAAAGGGCAACCUGAUCUUCAACGAGAAAGACCUGAAAGAGAGUGGCAUUGAUGUCAGUGGAGCCUCAGUGUGCUCAGGAGUCUUCACACAGAUCUUUAAAGUGGAACGUGGGAAGAAGAAAAAUUACAAAAAGAUGUUCAGCUUUGUUCAUCUGAGUGUUCAGGAGUUUCUUGCUGCUCUCCAUGUGAAGAUGUCACUCAUCAACAGCAACAAAAAUGUGAUGCCUUUACCACGACCAAUACUCCAACACCUGCGACUACUUUUAAGGAAAACCUCUACAACAAAGAUCCACAGGAUUGCCAUCGUAAAUGCCUUACAGAGUCCAAAUGGACACCUGGACUUGUUCCUUCGCUUCCUCCUGGGUCUUUCACUGCAGACCAAUCAGGAUAAACUACAAGACCUGCUGAUAAAGACAGAAGGUAGCUCAGAGACCAAUCAGAAAACAGUCAAGUACAUCAAGAAGAAGCUCAGUGAGAAUGUGUCUGCAGAGAGAAGCAUCAAUCUGUUCCACUGUCUAAAUGAACUGAAUGAUCGUUCUCUAGUGGAGGAGAUCCAACAGUUCCUGAGUUCAGGAAGUCUCUCCACAGAUGAACUGUCUCCUGCUCAGUGGUCAGCUCUAGUCUUCAUCUUACUGUCAUCAGAAAAAGAUCUGGACGUGUUUGACCUGAAGAAAUACUCUGCUUCAGAGGAGGCUCUUCUGAGGCUGCUGCCAGUGGUCAAAGCCUCCAACAAAGCUCUGUUGAGUGGCUGUGAUCUGACUGAGAGAAGCUGUGAAGCUCUGUCUUCAGUUCUCAGUGCCCGGUCCUCCAGUCUGAGAGAUCUGGACCUGAGUCACAAUGAUCUGCAGGAUUCAGGAGUGAAGCUGCUGUCAUCUGGACUGGAGAGUCCAAACUGUACACUGGAGUCACUCAGACUGUCAGGUUGUAUGAUCACAGAGGAAGGCUGUGCUUCUCUGGCCUCAGCUCUGAGUGCCAACCCCUCCCAUCUGAGAGAGCUGGACCUGAGCUACAAUCAUCCAGGAGACUCAGGAGAGAAGAUCCUGACUGCUGGACUGGAGGAUCCGAGCUGGAGACUGGACACUCUCAGACUGGAUCAUGGUGGAGAACAGAGGCUGAAACCUGUUCCAAAGAGGUAUGUCUGUGAACUCACAGUGGACAAAAACACAGUGAACAGAAACCUCAAACUGUCUGACAACAACAGGAAGGUGACACAUGUGACAGAGAAGCAGCCAUAUCCUGAUCAUCCAGACAGAUUUCAUCACUGGUCUCAGCUGAUGUGUACAGAAGGUCUGACUGGUCGCUGUUACUGGGAGGUCGAGUGGAGAGGAGAAGUUCUUAUAUCAGUGACUUAUGGAGGAAUCAGCAGGAGAGGAUGCAGUUAUGACUUUUUGUUUGGAAGGAAUGAUCAGUCCUGGAGUCUCAGGUGCUCUGCUGGUGGUUACUUUUACUGUCACGAUAACAGAGAAAAAUUUAUCCCCUCCUCCUCCUCCUCCUCCCCUGUCUCUCACAGAGUAGCAGUGUAUGUGGACUGUCCUGCUGGCACUCUGUCCUUCUACAGAGUCUCCUCUGACACACUGAUCCACCUCCACACCUUCAAAACCACCUUCACUGAACCUCUGUAUGCUGGGUUCUGGUUCUGGUCUGGAUCUUCAGUGUCUCUGUAG